UUAGCCAACACUGGUCGCAAAAGCCGCAUUGGCAAAAACAUUUUUGUUUAUAUUUUGUAUUCCACGGUAAAGUGCUAAAAUAAAAUGUCUUUCCCAAAGGUGUCGACCCACUAUGUAUCGGAGAAGAUAUCCGCCGUCCGGUGGCUGCCGGAGCAGCUGCAUCAGAGCGAACGCUUCGUAACCGGCUGCUGGGACAUGGACCACAACUUUGUGCGCUUGUACCGCCUGCAAUCGAAUCAGUACGCGGACACCAAUGUGGACUACAUUCCGCGCUGCAACGACAAGGUGGCCAUGGAGGGAGACGUCACAGCAAUGGAGUUCGUGGACAAUAACACAAUGGCCGUGAGCUGCUCCGACGGUCACCUCAGUUUGUUCAAUGUGCAGCGUGCCGUGGAGGAGGAUCAGCUGCAGCGCACAGCACGCUCCGAAAGACUGCACUACUUCAAGCUCUCCAACAAAUCAGCGCCCUGCACCGACCUUUCCGUGUAUGGCGGUGACAUUGCCACCGUUGGCGAAGACGGCUGCGUCAACAUAAUGAGUGCCAGCAACGUGAAGCAAGUGAAGCGCACCAUAGAAGCAGACAGCAUGUCCCUGCUCUCGGUGUGCUACAUCAGCCAGCAACAGCUGGUCACUGCCAAUCGCAUGGGCGUAAUCCGAAUGCUCGAUGCCCGCGCUGCCACCGGGGCGCAGCCAAAAGUAUCCAUCGGCGUGGCUAGCCAGGACGAAAAGAGUUCCUGCUUCGUUUCCGCCCUGAGCACGCAUCCCAUGCAGCAGCACAUUCUGCUGUGCGGCACUGAGGAGGGCUCCAUAACAGUGUGGGAUCUGCGCAACUUGGAGUUCCCUUCCUCGUAUCUGAGCGCACACGACAGUGCCAUCACCGACAUCGGCUUCCAUCGCAAGGAUCCCUCCAAGGUGUUCACAGCCUCCGAGGCGGGCGAGGUCUGGAUGUGGACGGAAAACAAGAUGAUCGGCGACCGAACCACAAAGGAUGGCACAAGCGCCUGGCUGAGCGGGGAUCGUGUGCGUUCGCUGAUCAAUGUGGAUGGUGUGUUGACAAAAAUUCGCAAGUCCGUCAAUUCCUUCGAUAUAAAUGGCACGCGGCUGCUAUGCGGCGGCGACACGGAGGCCGUUUAUUUAGUUGAUAAUAUUUUUUGAAAAUGCAUUUUCUGUUCACUGCCAUUAAAAUAGUUUGUUUCUUUUGGUUA